GUCUGCUGAACUGCUCGAUUCGGUGAAUAUCACACGUUCUAGAAUACUGGAUAUGGAUGAAAAUUCUUUUUUGAGCUAUUUACAUGACCGGUGUAGGGUUGGAAAGUGACGACUGCGGCUACCGAUAGUGGAAUGGCGUUGACCACGUUUUUUGAUAUAAAUAUCGCGAGAAGAUGGUCUCAUAGUUCGUCUGCUUGUUUCUCUAGAUACCCCUAAAAGUUGUUUGUUAUCAAUACUCUGCGAAUAUGAAGUUCACUCUUGUCACUCUUACCGCCGCACUCUCUGUCGUCUCUGCCUCGCCGCUUGCAGGACGCAAGGACGCUGCCACGCCCGCAAAGUUAACAACUGAGCCGGCUAAGCCUGCUCCCACAGGUGCCGCAUACGACUGGUCUGAGGGCUGGAAGGCAUCGUUCCCUAUUCAUGUCUCGUGUAAUGCCACGCUGAAGCGCCAGCUGAGCGAUGCCCUCGGCGAGGCUGUUGAGCUUGCCCAGCAUGCCAGAAACCACCUUCUUCGCUUUGGUGACAAGUCCGAGUUCAAGAAGAAAUAUUUUGGCAACGGAUCGACUGCUGAAUCUGUGGGAUGGUUUGAUCGUAUUACUGCGGCGGAUAAGAGUGCCAUGCUGUUCCGCUGCGACGACCCAGACAGGAACUGCGCCACUCAGAACAACUGGGCUGGACACUGGCGCGGCAAGAAUGCCUCUGAAGAGACCGUGAUCUGCCGUAGAUCCUUCGAGGUCCGUCGUCCCUUGAACUCGGUCUGCAACCUGGGGUACACUGUUGCCGGCUCACCUCUCAACACUAUCUGGGCUGUCGAUCUUCUUCACAGGCUGCUGCAUGUGCCGACUAUCAGUGAAAAGGUCGUGGACCACUACGCUGACGAUUACACGUCUGUGUUGGAGUUGGCGAAGAAGGACCCUUCCAAGAGCGCCAUUGACAGCAACGCUCUGCAAUACUUUGCCAUUGAUGUAUAUGCCUACGAUAUCGCUGCUCCUGGUGUUGGCUGCACUGGUGAGCCUGCAAAGGAUGCUAAGAAGGAAAAGGAGCCCAAGGCUACAACAUCAGCUGCCCCAACUCCCACUCAGAGUGCAAAGAAGGAGUGCCACACCCAUGCUGAUGGAGUCGAACACUGUGUUUAGGGCCAUGAGAACAGGAAUCACUACCGUUUACGGACAGCCACAAGAUUGACUACAUGCCAUGAAACGAUUUUAGACGCUCACGAC